AUGUCUCUCUAUGAAGUUCCAAAGCAAAGCCAGAACGUAAGCGAAGUUACUCCACAAAAGGAGAACUGGAAUAUCAUCGUUAGGGUGAUACGUUCAUGGUUUGUUCCAGAUUUCAGUAAACAGAUAUGUCCCUUCUCCAUGGAGUUGGUUAUUCAAGACAAAGAGGUUAUUAUUAGUGUAAUUCUUUACCAUCAUUGUUAUGAAGAAAAUAUGUAUAAGGUUCAAGUUCAAAAUUGUAAGUUCUGCACUAGGAUUAAGUACAAUGUUAACUUCAAGGAAGCAUCUGAACUAAAAUCAAGAAUGUUUGAGAACAAUGAAUCUCCCUCUCAAGGAUUAACGCAACUUUCUCAAAGUUCCAAACAUACUGUGGAAGAGGACUUUUUAACGCUUACACCUAGGACCACCAUUCAAGGUCUCAAAGAUUGUAAAGAGUUUGGAACCAUUAAGCAUAUUUUGGGUGAUGAUGAUUGGUGGUAUACUGCUUGUGUGUGCAACAAAGAUGUUUAUCCAGAUUCGAAGAUGUUCUUUCUGCGAGAAGUGGAUGCAACCAUCCUUUUCAAAAAAACUUGUGCUGAUAUGUUAGACACUCAUGAUAAGAUUAAUGCUUCUGGAAAUUUGCCUAAGAAGUUUGAUCAGUUAGUUGAUAAAAGUUUGCUGUUUAAAGUCGAAAGUAGGAACGAUCAGACUUUCAAACUUGAACAGUCUUUCAGAAUGAAGAAAAUAGAUGCUUCAAUGAACAAUGGUUCUAGUCCACCACAAUUUAUUCUUAAUGGACAGAAUUAUCACCGUAUUGGCAGUUUAUUGCCAGAACAUGAAUCAAAGCCAAAGUUUGCACAACUGUACAUAUAUGAUACCAAAAAAGAAAUGAGUAACAGAUUGAAGCAUUUCAGGUCAAACAACAAGGAAUCUAUUAUAGAUGAAUCAUUGGUUCCUGAUUUGAUUCAAAUGAUUGACAAUCACAAUGUUCUUGCUAAAUCUUUUAGAAGAGUAAGAGAUUUGUCACUACAACAUAUGGAAUCAAAUUUCACGCUAACACUAUUUAGAGGCAGAAACAAAGACCCUAGAGUCUACAACACACCUUCAUGUGAUGAAAUAGUUGCACUAAUAGUUGGUGAUUUUGUCAAUAUGGAUGUAGGCAGAGAUAUAAUUGUCAAAAAAUGUUUUGGUGAAUUAACAAGACUGCAUGAAACUCAUACAUCUUUCAUUCCACUGCAAUAUCCUCUCAUGUUUGCAUAUGGAGAAGAUGGUUAUCAAGAAGAUAUUCUAAUAAGAGAAUCUCAUUCAAGAAGUAAAUCCAGGGUGAGAAUUAUAAUUUCUUUGCGAGAAUUUAUUGCAUUUAGAAUACAACAAAGAUCUAUAGAAACUGGAAAUAUUGUGAAUGUAUGCCGAUUGUUCCAACAGUUUUUGGUUGAUUGUUAUACAAUGGUGGAAGCACAAAGGUUGUCUUUCAUUAUAGCUAAUCAGAAGUUAAUUUGUUGUGAUAUUCUUGAUGGAUUACAAGAGGUUGUUAAUAGAGGAGAGACAAAUCCUUCUUUAAUUGGAAGACAUAUUGUCUUGCCUGCUUCAUUCACUAGUGGUACCAGAUACAUGAUCAACAAUUGUCAAGAUGCUAUGGCAAUUUGUAAAAAAUUUGGAUAUCCUUAUUUGUUCAUUACUAUAACAAGCAAUGUGAAUUGGAGUGAAAUAAAAUACUUUGUUUUAGCGAAAGAGUUAUCUGCUUCAAAUAGACCUGAUACUGUAUGUAGAGUCUUCAAAAUAAAGUUGGAUGAAAUGAUGACAAAUUUUAAAAAGAGGACUUCUUUGGAAAAAGCACUGCAGGAAUCUGAAUUGCCCAAUGCGGAUUUGUACCCCAAAUUGGAAAAAGUUGUUUCAAGUUACAUGAUUCAUGGACCAUGCGGAUCUGCAAGAUAUAAUUCACCCUGCAUGAAGGAAGGAAGAUGUUCUAAAUUUUAUCCUAAAAAAUUCACAUCUUCAACUUCAAUUGAUGAAGAAGGAUAUCCAUGCUAUAGAAGACUUGAUAGUGGUAGAUUUGUUGAGAAGAAUGGAGUUAAGCUGGACAAUAGAAGUGUUGUUCCUUACAAUCCACCCCUUUUAAUGAGGUAUGAAGCUCACGUCAAUACAGAGUAUUGCAACAAGACCAAUUCAAUAAAAUAUUCGUUCAAAUAUGUGAACAAAGAUCUUGACAGAGCUACUCUUAAAAUAAGCAACAACUCUGCACAAUCUGACAAAUCAACCAUUAUUGAUGAGAUCAAGAGGUAUUAUGAUUGUAGGUAUCUAUCACCAUGUGAAGCCACUUGGCGAAUAUUUGCUUUUGAUAUCCAUCACAGAUGGCCUCUUGUUCAGAGAUUGAAAUUCCAUCUUCCUGGCCAACAAUCAACUUUGUUUAAAGAUGAUGAUGAUAUUAAUGUGGUCUUCAAUAGAUACAAAAAUGCUAACACAAUGAUUCUAGCUUGGUUUGAGGCUAACAAAGUUUAUACAGAAGGAAAAGAAUUGACUUAUUCUGAAUUUCCAAGCAAAUUUGUGUGGUUUGCUAAAGAAAAAGAGUGGAAACCAAGGAAGAAAGGCUACAACAUUGGUAGACUUACUUAUAUUCCUCCUAGCUCUAGAGAACUUUAUUAUUUGAGGAUAUUACUGACCAUUCAAAAAGGUUGUAUUGAUUAUGAAAGCAUUAAGACCAUUGAUGGGAAAUUUUAUGAAACAUACUAA